CGCGAUCUAGCUGAGGCUGAGCGUGUGGCGGCUCAGCAUGCCUUGACUCAGCCUGCGGGACAGCAUCAGCCUGCGCUGCUCUCGUAUCAGGGCCCGCGAGAGGAGCGGCGAGAGUAGGGUGAUGACUCGCUCCAAGACGCUUCCUGACGCUGGUACAACGGGUGCAGACACGACGCGAUUCAAACCCUACGUUCGCGUCAAGCGUGAGCCUGAUGCGGAUGCGGGUGGUGGCAUCGGACACGUUCCUGAGGCGCCAAAUUCAGGCCUGUCGCAGUCGUUCCUUGACGGCUAUGGCAGUGCUCCCCGGCGCCUCCAGGGGAUUGGUCAAGGCGCACGCGAUGAGUCUCCUUCGUACGAGAAGCUGUUUGAUUCGCUCAAAGUUCCUACUGGGCCGCGGGGUCGGGGGGGUCCACAGAUGGCUUUUACGGCCCCAGGAUCUGGGGCCAAGAAUGCCAAUCUGGAACCUCUGGGACACGGCACUUGGGGAUCGCGCGCAGAUCGUACAGCUACAGUCAAUGCCUUUGCACCACCGCUCACCACGUCGAAGGCCCUCAGGCAGCCGUCUGAGGAGGGCGAGUUGGCGGAGAGCUCUCCGGCGAUCAAAUCGAGCCCAUAUUCGAAGCGUGGUGGACUUCUGCCUUACACCUUCGGGGCACCCCUGACGGCGCCAGCAUCAUUGAAGCGAAACGCUACGGAGGACGAGCAUCACGAUCUCGUCGCCAAACGCCUCAAAACCGAGGACAAUCUAGGCUUCAUCAUGAAAACAGCUCCUUUCAGGCUCAGUUCUUGCCCCAUUCAGUUCGGCACUGCGGACACGCACCACCGUCUGGGGCUCCUCGAUGAGGUUCCUGAUACCAGAGACACAAGGAUUGACGAUGAUGAAACAGGACCGAAGGAAUAGUAAAUUGGUAGGAGGCAUGCGUGGGAUGAGUGGUCACUUCAGGUCAUGGUGCAUGUCAUAAUGGUAUUCUCCUUGGUGUGUUGAA